GCGAAAGGCCGCCGGGGCCCGGGGCGCGGGCGAGGGCAGAAUAACCGGUGGGAAGGCUGCGUUUUCACCAAGGACUCGGGUGAAGCUGCAGAGCUGCCUUUGAGCCCUGACCCCUGGGCCGCCUGGGUCGGAGGAGAUCUUGUAAUGGAGUGGUUCUUCGUCUCACACUAACAAGAUGCCCGAUUUCCUCAGGAUCGAGGGAUUGAAGAAUGUCCCGGGUUCCACUGGGGAAAGUCCUCCUAAGGAAUGUCAUCCGGCAUACAGAUGCUCACAAUAAGAUUCAGGAGGAAUCAGAUAUGUGGAAAAUAAGAGAACUGGAGAAACAGAUGGAAGAUGCUUACCGGGGGAACAAAAGGAAAAUGUUGCCCAGCAGUUCAAGCCGGAUGCGUAGUGACGGUUUUGAUGAAGAAAGUCAAAGAGACAAUUGGAGGCCAAGGAAUGAAAUUUCUGAGGCACUGGAAGAUGAUUUUCUUAAGGCUAAAUCCUGGAACAAGAAGUUGUAUGAUUAUGAAGCUAACAUGCCAGACAGAUGGGGUCACAGUGGUUAUAAAGAGUUAUACCCUGAAGAAUUUGAAACAGACAGUGAUCAUCAAGAUAUUACCAAUGGGAAAAAGAGAUCUCCCCAGGUAAAAUCAUCUACCCAUGAAUCUCACAAACACAAGAAAUCAAAGAAAUCUCACAAAAAAAAGCAGAAAAAGAAGUCACACAAAAAACAGAAGAAAAGCAAAAAGGAAGUCACAGAUAUAACAGCAGAUUCCUCAAACGAGUUCUCAGAAGAAACUGGGGCUUCUAGUACCAGGAAACAACCACAUAAGCGUAAGAAAAAAUCAAGGAAAAAGUCUCUCAAAAAGUCUGCUCUCGUUUUAGAGGCAGAAAGUGACACUUCUCAGUCUGAUGACUCAGCAUCCAGCAGUUCUGAGGAAAGAGACACUAAGAAAACCAAAAGGGAAAAAAAAGAUAAAGUCAGUAUCCCUGUAGUUAGCAAUGAAAUACAGGAGAGGACAAAAACAAACAAACGUACAAAUUGGAAAGUGGCUACAGAUGAAAGGUCUGCUGAGAGUUCGGAGGAUGACUAAAUGAGAAACAGUCUUCAGUUCCCACUGACUUGGAUAUUGACAGCUCUUGCACCUUGGGGCUUUGACAUGACUCUUGAGCAGCACAGGGGGCCUGAGGGUGGAGUUGUCCUGUGCCGUCUGUGUACACCUGACAGACUUGUCUUCUCUUUUGGCCUGUUAAACUUGAUCCUCUUAUUGUUAAUAGGGAAUCUGGUAUUUUGUUAUGAAGGUUUCUUGAAGAGAUUAUUUUUUUGCAGUUAAUUACAUUUAGCGUAGAGUGUAUAUACAGCAAAUUGAAGGACCCAGGAGGCAGAAUCCAAUAAUGACCUGGGUAUACCAGUUAGAAUGUUGAGUUUGGGGAAAGUGAAGGCUAGGAUCACGAGGCAGAUUGGAACCAGUGCUGUGCGGAAUGUAUGCUAAGGGAACAUCCAGUUGCUCUUGUUUGGUUUAUAUUGCAGGUGCCACUUUGUCUCAGCCUUGGUGCUUUGAUCUUUCUGUAUUUUGGCCCCAUUGGUCUGGUCUUUUAUUUAAUGGGGAAAUGAGCAUAAGAACCAAUAUUUUACCUUUACAACAUCCAUAGACAGCUGUUAUCAGCAGAGACUAGCGUUUUUUGUUAAAUUUUCCUGCUGGACAGGGACUGUAGCUAUAUUCAGUAUACCCAUAAACAUGGUAAUUGGAUAGUAAAUGUCUUUUUUCUUUUUAAAUUCUUUAUGGAUAGUAAAUGGUUUUCUAGUUCCAUUGCUGUAUAUUGCCUAAAUGGACUUGUGUUCAAAAAUUACUUCUUUUCGGUUACAUCCUUAACAAAUGGGGAAGAAUUAGGAGUCAGUCAUUUAAUGGGCUCUGAACGGGCUUCAGGGCAGCAUCUGCCAUUUAAGUGUCUUCCUUGUUCAUUUUGAAAUCUAUUAAUGAACUUUAGAUUUUCCCUGAAACUAGGUUGAAUCAAAUCCAAAAUGAAAGACUUCUCAGGGACAUAUCUACUUCUUUUCCAGCUUGCCUUUGGAUUAAAGCACUAAGCAGAGACCAUAUUAUUCCCUUUUGCUAUAUGUGUAAUCCCUACCAUGUUAAUUCAUGAGAAAAUAACACUGAAAGAAGGCUGGCAGAACACAUUGAUUUUUUCAUUAUGGCAGAAGAUUGACAUAUUGUUUUUCCUAGUUGUCACUUCAUGGGCUGAGUGAAAAGCUUGAAAACUCGUCUUGGUUCUGCCACUAAUUGGUUGUGUGGUCUGGAGUAGGUAAGUUAACCUCUCUGGCCUUCCUUUGAACCCCAUAUGUAAUAUGCAAAUACUUCAUGGCGAUAUGACAUUAUAGGACACCAGCAAUAGAAUAUAACUGACAUCAUUCCACGAGGUGGUAAAUUUUAUAGUUCUGCUAAAUCUGUCUUUACAGACAGUUGUUCACAAAAUAUUUGGUCAUGAAGUACAUGGUUGGCUAGAGGUUCCUGAUCCCAAUUACAAGCAGGUGCUACCUUUGGGGCUAUUUAUUUGAAACAUUAACACUUUGGUACUCAACUGUCAAUGUUCAGUGGUGUAUAUUUUUACCUUUGGGAUUAGUAGGGACCCAAGAGAGGAAGAGCAGUCUAUAAUUACUACCUCUUAACCUAAAGCAGUUUUGUUCUUGGAGCAAGUGAAAUCUUUGUUGGAGGGAGUGUUCACUUUUGUUUUGGUUUCAAACAUUGUUUCUGUGCUAUAAAAGUACUGAGUCUCAGCAGACUCAGGAGAAUGGGUGAGUGGGACAAGGCAUCUCCAGGAAGUUGGUUCUGUUUGGGUCUUGACCUUCCCUUCCUCCCACAGUAGCAGACUUCUCUUUCCCAAUGAAUACACAUCUUGCUUGUUUUGUUUUUUGCCAUGUUUACCUUUUCUUGGUCAUGUAUAAGCAAUAAAGCUGUUUUCUGUUCUUCA